AAAAUAUGACCGAAGAUGAAAAAACAUGAGCUAAUUCGUGGAGACAAUCUUAUGAUCGGGUAGAUGUAAUCACCAUGCAGAGCAGACAGGCUCAGGCGGCAGCAUUUCAAAGCAUUCAGAGAGGUGACCUGCUGUGCCCCAGCUCCUCGUGGUUGCCCAGGACCAUUUUUGGUGUUGGUUGGGCUCUUGGAGGGUUUCAGGUUCCUGCUGUGUAUGGGAUGAUAUUGAUAACUUACCCCCUUGGGACAACAUCUCUUCCUUUGCUGCUUCAGCUCAAACAUACACUGUGAGACCUUUUCUCUUUCUUGCAGCUGGGUUGCCAUCACUGGAGAACUGGCGAUGAGGCCACAGCCCUGAGCACGGAUUCAGCCUGGGACACCCAAGCCCAGCAGCAGCCAUGAGCGGCCUCCUGUCACGCCUGGACCCACGGCGGGUGCCAUGGGGGGCUGCAGGCCAUGCCCUGCGCUCCCGCGUCCUGCGCACCAAGCCUGUGGAGUCGAUGCUGGAGGGCACGGGGACAGCAGGAGGCCAGGGCGCACGGCUGGCCAAGGUCCUCACCACACUCGACCUCAUCUCCCUCGGUGUUGGCAGCUGCGUGGGCACAGGUAUGUACGUGGUGUCCGGCCUGGUGGCCAAGGAGAUGGCAGGGCCUGGCGUCAUCGUGUCCUUCAUCAUCGCUGCCGUCGCCUCCAUCUUGUCAGGUGUUUGCUAUGCUGAGUUUGGUGUGCGGGUCCCCAAGACCACGGGCUCUGCCUACACCUACAGCUACGUGACAGUGGGGGAAUUUGUGGCAUUCUUCAUUGGCUGGAACCUCAUCCUGGAGUACCUGAUUGGCACGGCUGCGGGUGCCAGCGCCCUCAGCAGCAUGUUUGACUCACUGGCCAACCACACCAUCAGCCGCUGGAUGAUCAGCAGCGUUGGGACGCUGAAUGGGCUGGGGAAAGGAGAGGAGUCAUACCCUGACCUUCUUGCUCUGGUCAUUGCCAUCAUCGUCACCAUCAUCGUGGCCAUGGGUGUGAAGAACUCAGUGGGACUGAACAACGUGCUCAAUGUGAUUAACCUGAUAGUCUGGGUCUUCAUUAUGAUUGCCGGGCUCUUCUUCAUCAAAAGUGACAACUGGUCUGAAGGGCAGUUCCUGCCGUUUGGAUGGCCGGGGGUGCUCAAAGGGGCUGCGACGUGUUUCUAUGCCUUCAUUGGCUUCGACAUCAUUGCUACCACGGGAGAAGAAGCAAAGAGCCCCAACACCUCCAUCCCCUACGCCAUCACGGCCUCACUCGUUGCGUGCUUGACAGCAUACGUGUCCGUAAGCAUCAUCCUCACACUGAUGGUGCCAUAUGAUGCCAUCGACACUGAGUCCCCAUUGAUGGAAAUGUUCGUGGCACGUGGCUUCUAUGCAGCCAAGUUCAUCGUUGCCAUUGGAUCUGUGGCCGGCCUGACCGUCAGCUUGCUGGGCUCUCUCUUCCCAAUGCCAAGAGUCAUCUAUGCCAUGGCUGGUGAUGGGCUACUCUUCAGGUUUUUGUCCCACGUCAGCUCUUAUACAGAAACACCAGUAGUAGCUUGUAUAGUGUCUGGGUUUCUUGCGGCGCUGCUCUCCUUGCUGGUCAGCCUGCGGGACCUGAUAGAGAUGAUGUCCAUUGGCACACUGCUCGCCUACACACUGGUGUCUGUCUGUGUGCUGCUCCUCCGGUACCAGCCCGAGAGUGACAUCGAUGGCUUUGUCAAGUUCCUCUCUGAGGAGCACACCAAAAAGAAAGAGGGUAUCCUGGCUGACUGUGAGAAGGAAGCUUGCUCCCCAGGCAGCGAAGGAGAGGAGUUCACAGGCCCACCAACCAACACGUGUGGGGCAAAAAACCUUCCAUCGUUGGGGGACAACGAGAUGCUCAUUGGGAAAUCUGAUAAAUCCACCUACAACGUGAACCACCCCAAUUACGGCACAGUCGACAUGACUUCGGGGAUUGAGGCGGACGAGUCUGAGAACAUCUACCUCAUCAAGCUGAAGAAGCUGAUCGGCCCUCGCUACUACACCAUGCGGAUCCACCUGGGGCUGCCAGGGAAGAUGGACCGGCCCACAGCAGCCACCGGCCACACGGUCACCACCUGCGUGCUCCUGCUCUUUGUCCUGAUGUUCAUCUUCUGCUCCUUCAUUAUUUUUGGGUCAGACUACAUCUAUGAGCAGAGCUGGUGGGCCGUUCUCCUUGUUGUGCUGAUGAUCCUGCUCAUCAUCGUGCUGGUGUUUGUCAUCUUGCAGCAGCCAGAGAACCCCAAGAAGUUGCCCUAUAUGGCGCCCUGCCUCCCGUUCGUCCCCGCGUUCGCCAUGCUGGUGAAUAUCUAUCUCAUGCUGAAGCUCUCCACAGUCACGUGGAUCCGAUUUGCUGUCUGGUGUUUUGUGGGUCUGCUCAUUUACUUUGGCUACGGGAUGUGGAACAGCACGCUGGAGAUCAGUGCCCGUGAGGAGGCUCUCCACCAGAGCACCUACCAGCGCUAUGAUGUGGACGUUGACCCUUUCUCUGUGGACGACGGCUUCUCCUACGCCACCGAGGGUGAGAGCUACCCAGACUGGGGCCCUCCCGAGGACAAGGGCUUCUCAUACCAGCAAAUGGCAGGAGCAAAGGAAAGCCAUCGGACGAGUAGCAGAUCGAAAAGCAAGGGAAGGCACAAACCGUCCUCAGAGGCCCUCAUCGCCAACGAUGAGUUGGACUACUCACCUGAGUAGUGGGGCGAGCAGGGGGACGCCGUGCUGCCAGCCAGCCAGGAAGGGCCUGCGGCUUCCCUGCCCCAUCCUGUCCUCCACCACCACCCCGUCACCUCUGGUCCUCGGGUCACAUGCCGCAACUGCUGCUGACCCCAAACCAAACCCACCCGAGGGCUUUGCCAGCUGAGUCCCAUGCCAGGGAAUGCUGGAGCCCUGGUACCUGCCGAGCCCCAAUUGGCGCCCAGUGGGAGAUGUGCCAAACUGAGGGGGCUCUGAGAGGUGGAAGGAUUCACGUGGGAGGACGAGAUGGGUUUUCCCUGGGGAAUAGUCACCCUAUGGCCACUCCUAUGUGUUUGGCGCUUUCUUAGCACGUGUGCUUUUUCCUCUAACCACCCAGCAGUAAUAGCUUAACCAGAGGGACAGGCAGGUAGGACAUGAAAGUGAACCAGCUUCAUCCAAGGGGGUGGCUCAGCUCAGUUGGCCCCAUCACUUGACGUUUUCAUGGCUGUUCCAGCACUAAGUGUAUGCAACAAGGCCACUCCAUGCUGGUCCCCAGGCCCUGAACCCAAAGAUUGUAAAUACCAGGAUUCAGUCUUGCACUGCUCUAGACAGUCUCAAACAAAUCCUGAAAUCCUGGCAUAGCCAAGCAUCCUGAAUCUGAGCUUGGCCUCUUUUCAGAUCACACCUGACCUAGACUUAUGCAAGCAGACAGCAAACUACACACAGCGUCCCUGAGGUUAAACUGGAUGCUGCUCCCACCACUUUGUCUUUCCCAAAACAGCCAGCCCAUUGUCUGUGAACUGUUGUGGGCACAUCCCAGCACUCAUUCUGGCCAUGCUGUUUCUAACCUUGGCUUGGUGGAUAAUGCGUGAAAAGAUACAAAAAUGCUGCUUGUUCUAAAGACACGUCUAACGUGAAACCAAAAGGAGUGACUGGGAGGGCUUCAGGAUGGGAGUUAGGGUUUGGUAAAAGGACCCAUUAAGCUUCACUCUGGAUCCUCUCCUGCUGCCCAACCUUGCUACACUUCCACAAGCAGAAACCCAAGAGCAUCCCACCCAAAAGCCUCCACGAUGCACAUAAGCUCUACAAUCCACUUGGGGAUCUGUCCUACAGGCCUAUCCCCAGCGGUGCUUGAAGCCCUCAUGAUGCUCACUUGUGCCCCGCUGCUCCCCUGAAGGAUGCCUUUGAGAUACCCAGGAGAGAUGGCACCUGGCAGGUCUGGCUUUAUGCUUUCAGAGAGAAAGAUUGUUGCUGUUUUCCUACCAGCUCUCAAACUAAACCAUGGGGUGGUCAUCCUUGUCCCACUACCGCACGGUAUUUAGGCAUCUGCUGGAUCACAAACAUGUGCCCAAGUAUCCUGCUGAGUCGAAGCCUGUUGUUCCUUUUGCAGCCUUAAUCUCUUGCUACAGAGCAGUUUGCAGUACCAGUGUGUGUUGUUGUGUCCACCUGAGUAUCAUUUGGUGAGAGCCUGAUCCCUUGCUCUUUGGCGUCUAGGCUCCUGUCAUUGUAUCAGCUGAGUGGGGCCCUCUGGCUGCUGUGGUUCCCCUGCAGCCAUCCACCAUUCCUUGUUCCUUCUCCAUCAUUUUCCCAUCCCUUCUCCAUCCAUUCCCCUUCAUCUCCAUCCCAUCCUCAUCCAUUCCCAGGGAAGCAGGGAAGAAUGGCUGCCCACAACUCCAGGGCCACCAGCAAAGGUCAUUUGGUCCGUCACCUCUGGGCAGCAUUGGCCUGGGGCUAGUUUGGGAUGCUGAGAGGAGCCAGGAAGCUGACGCAGGUGUUGCUGUAACCCAAAUAUAUCUCCAUGCCCUAAAAGGAGAUUUUCACGCAGCCACCACAUUACAAAAGAGCAUUGCCAGCACCACCGCCGUCCCGCUCCAUGCCAGGAGCCAGCAUCCUGUUGCUGGAGCCCAAAGCAUGACCCAGAUGGAGCAGAAAUACCUCACAUCCCCCAGACCAACCCAAUGAGAUCUUGGUCCCUCUGCAGGUUGUGACCACAGCAGCACGACCCAGCACGCAUCCUCUGCACAGCAGAGCUCACGCCCCGAGCGACGCCGGUGUCACAGCCCCAGCUUGUAAAUGAUCCUCACUCCUCUCGUUUUGUUUUUGGUCUUUCUGAUGUAGAUCUUGCUUUUUUGCAGAUGGUACUUUCCGGUGUAACAGUUCUCUGCAGUUCUGAUAUGAAAUUGGUGUAUUUGUUAAAAGAGUUUGUUAAAUUAUUUUAUUUUAUUUUUGUGGUUUCCAGAAGCCCAUUGGUGCAUUGUACAAUGGGGUCUUGUAGUGUGUCAUGAGAAAGAAAAAAAUAUGCAGAUAUAUUAUGGAGUGACUUUUAUUUUCAGAUGAU